AGCCUGCGGAAAGCCCCGAAGUGGCGUUCCGGCACCAGUGACAUAGCGCACCAGGCUAGAGUGAAGAAAAGGCACAAGGCCCAGGCAAAGCCUGUAAUCAGAGCUAAGAAACGAAGUGACGUGGACCCACAGUAGCAAAAUCAGGACAAAAAUUAGGUCCUGCCUUAUUUCUUCUUCAAUACUAGGACUUUGAACUCGGGUCCUUAGGCUUGCUAGCCCUGUGAACCAGUUUUAGAAUUAUGGCCCCCCAGCUGUGUGAGUUCCAUCUCCCCUUGUCCCCUGAGGAUUUAUUAAGAAGUGGAGGCGUGAAUCAGUAUGUUGUCCAAGAGGUACUGCCCAUCAGACAGCUGCAACCCCAGCUUAAAGCAUUUCAGGCUGCCUUCCGAGCCCAGGGGCCACUUGCUAUCCUCCAGCACUUCGAUACUGUCUACAGCAUCUUACAUCACUUUCGAAAUGUCGAUCUGGGUCUCAAGGAAGAAACUCUGGAAUUCCUGAUAAAAGUGGUGUCCCGGCAUUCCCAGGAGCUUCCGUCCAUCCUGGAUGAUGCAGCGUUGAGUGUGUCAGAGAGAAGCAGCCAUCUUAAUGCCCUCAAGAUGAACUGCUACGCGCUCAUCCGCCUCCUGGAAUCCUUUGAGACCAUGAGCAGCCAGACAAGCCUCCUGGGCCUGGACGUGGCGGGGAAGGGUAAAAAGGCCCGAUCCAAAGCGGCCCAGGGCUUCGAUUGGGAGGAGGAGAGACAACCAAUUCUGCAGCUGUUAACGCAGCUGCUCCAGUUGGACAUCCGUCACCUGUGGAACCACUCAGUGAUCGAAGAGGAGUUUGUCAGUUUGGUCACCGGCUGUUGCUACCGCCUUCUAGAGAAUCCCACGAUCAGUCACCAGAAGAACCGGCCCACCCGGGACGCCAUCACGCACCUGCUCGGAGUGGCCUUGACGCGGUACAACCACAUGCUCAGUGUCACUGUGAAGAUCAUCCAGCUCCUGCAGCAUUUUGAGCACCUGGCCCCGGUGCUGGUGGGGGCUGUGAGUCUGUGGGCCACCGAGUACGGGAUGAAGAGCAUCGUGGGGGAGAUCGUGCGAGAGAUCGGCCAGAAGUGUCCCCAGGAGCUGAGUCGGGACCCCUCCGGGGCCAAGGGCUACGCCACCUUCCUCACGGAGCUGGCGGAGCGCAUGCCAGCCAUCCUGAUGGCCAGCAUGUGCGUCCUGCUGGAUCAUCUGGAUGGGGAGAACUACAUGAUGCGCAACGCCGUGCUGGCAGCCAUGGCGGAGAUGGUGCUGCAGGUCCUGAACGGAGACCAGUUGGAAGAAGCCGCCCGGGACACGAGAGACCAGUUCCUGGACACGCUGCAGGCCCACGUCCACGACGUCCACUCCUUCGUGCGCAGCCGCGUGCUGCAGCUCUUCACCCGCAUCGUCCAGCAGAAGGCCCUCCCCCUGACUCGAUUCCAGGCCGUAGUGGCCUUGGCGGUGGAGCGUCUUGCAGACAAGUCGGUGCUGGUGUGUAAAAACGCCAUCCAGCUGCUGGCCAGCUUCGUGGCCAAUAACCCUUUCUCCUGCAAGCUGAGUGACGCCGAUCUCGCCGGACCCCUGCAGAAGGAGACCCAGAAAUUACAAGAAAUGAGGGCCCAGCGGCGGAUCCCAGCUCCCGCGCUGCUGCCACAGGAGGAGUGGGAAGCCAUGCUCCCCGAAGUGCAGUCCACGCUGCAGAGGCUGCUCGCUUGUCCCCAAGAAGAAGAAGAAGAGGGGACGCCCCAGCAGAUCGCUGACGCAGAGACCGCGGACCAGGCGAAGGAGCGCAUCCGGCAGCUGCUGGCCAGAGCCAGUUACAAGCAGGCCAUCCUCCUCGCCCGCCAGGCCACGCACCGCUUUCCCGGAUCCGACCCGUUCUGCGGGGCCGACACAGAGGACUCCCCCGAGGGCCGGCUGCUGAGCCUCCUGGCAGACAUCUUCAAAGGCCCUGCCAGUGGCACGCAGGGGUGCAGUGGAGACGCGGCCCCAGAACAGACGGCCUGUGCAGACCCGCGGGGGGAGUGUGCGCAGGCGCAGGCGGGGCGCAGCGAGGAGCUGGUGAAGCAGGAGCUGCUGGUGCAGUACCUGCGGGACGCCCGCUGCUUCUCCCAGAGCAUCACGGAAGCCAUCAGCACCAUCAGCAGGAUGAUGUACGAGAACACCACCACAGUGGUGCAGGAGGUGAUUGAAUUCUUUGUGAUGGUCUUCCAAUUUGGGGUGCCUCAGGCUCUGUUUGGGGUGCGCCGCAUGCUGCCUCUCAUCUGGUCGAAGGAGCCGGGCAUCCGGGAAGCGGUGCUCAACGCCUACCGCCAGCUCUACCUCAGCCCCAAGGGGGACUCGGCCAGAGCCAAGGCCCAGGCCUUGAUCCAGAGUCUCUCUUUGCUGCUGGUGGAUGCGUCGGUCGGAACCAUUCAGUGCCUUGAAGAAAUUCUGUGCGAGUUCGUGCGGAAGGAGGAGGUGAAGCCGGCCGUGACGCAGCUGCUGUGGGAACGCGUCACGGAGAAGGCGCCCUGCUCCCCGGCGGAGCGCUGCGCCGCCGUCAUGCUGCUCGGCAUGAUGGCCAGAGGGAAGCCCGAGAUCGUGGGCAGCAACCUGGACGUGCUGGUGGGCGCCGGGCUGGCGGACUCGGGGCGCCGGGACUACAGGCUGGCCCAGCAGGUGUGCCAGGCCAUCUCCAACAUCUCCGACCAGAGGAAGCCCUCCCUGGGCGCCCGCCACCCCCCCUUCCGCCUGCCCCAAGAGCACGGAUUGUUCCAGCACCUGCAGGACAUGGUCACCAAAGGCUUCGCCCAGCCAGACCCGCUGUGGGUCCCGUUCAAAGAGGCGGCCGUGGCCCUCACCUACCAGCUGGCCGAGGGCCCCCAGGAGAUCUGCGCGCGCAUGCUGCGCGACUGCGCACGCCAGGCCCUGCACGGGCUGCAGGAGGACAGCGCCCCCCAGGGGGACCCCGAGGCCGCUGCGCCGCGGCUGCGCACGGUGCUGCUGCUGAACCUGCUGUCGCUGGCGGGGGACGUGGCCCUGCAGCAGCUGGUGCAUCUGGAGCAGGCGGUGAGCGGGGAGCUGGGCCGCCGCCGCGUCCUGCGCGAGGAGCAGGAGCACAAGGCCAAGGCCCCCAAGGAGAAGAACACGAGCUCCGAGACCACCAUGGAGGACGAGCUGGGGCUGGCGGGGGCCAGCGCCGACGACGCGGAGGCUGAGCUCAUCCGCAACAUCUGCGAGAUGGAGCUGCUGGAAGGCAGGCAGGUCCUGGCGGCCUUCGUGCCCCUGCUCCUGGCCGUGUGCCACAACCCCGGCCUGUACAGCAGCCCCGAGCUCUCCGCCGCCGCCUCCCUCGCCCUUGGCAAGUUCUGCAUGAUCAGCUCCCGGUUCUGCGAGUCCCAGCUCCGGCUCCUGUUCACCAUGCUGGAGAAGUCGUCGCUGCCCACCGUGCGCGCCAACCUCAUGGUCGUGGUCGGAGACCUGGCCAUCCGCUUCCCCAACCUGCUGGACCCCUGGACGCCGCAUCUGUACGCUCGCCUCCGCGACCCAGCCCAGCACGUGCGGAAGACGGCGGGUCUGGUGCUCACGCACCUCAUCCUCAAGGACAUGGUGAAGGUCAAGGGGCAGGUGAGCGAGAUGGCCGCGCUGCUCAUCGACCCCGCGCCGCCCAUCGCCGCCCUGGCCAAGAACUUCUUCAACGAGCUCUCCCACAAGGGCAACGCCGUCUACAAUCUACUCCCCGACAUCAUCAGCCGCCUGUCAGACCCCGAGUGCGGCGUGGAGGAGGAGCCCUUCCGCACCAUCAUGAAACACCUUCUGGCCUACAUCACGAAGGACAAACAGCUGGAAAGCCUGCUGGAGAAGCUGUGCCAGCGCUUCCGCACGGCGCGCACCGAGCGGCAGCACCGGGACCUGGCCUUCUGCGUGGCGCAGCUGCCCGUGGCCGAGCGCGGCGUGCGCCGCCUGCUGGAUCACUUCGACUGCUUCGGCGACAAGCUGACUGACGACGCCGUGUUCACCGCCUUUCUGUCCAUCGUGGGCAGACUGCGGCGUGGGGCCAAGCCCGAGGCCAAGGCUGUGGUGGAUGAGUUUGAGCAGAAGCUGCGGGCCUGCCACUCUCGAGGGCUAGACGGGAUGGAUGAGCUGGACCUGGGCCCAGGAGGCAGCCAGCAAGCCCCGUCGGCCAAGAAACGGGUCCCUAGAACACAGGCCGAGGCUUCCACGGCCUCCGACGACUUCGCCACGCCAGAGCCACGCAAACCCACGCGCCGGCCUCCACGCACCACCAAGAAGAAACCCCAGGUCGUCUUCUCCAGCGACGAGUCCAGUGAGGAAGAGCUUUCCGCGGAGAUGACGGAGGACGAGACCCCCAGGAAAACCACCCCGCUCCGAAGGGCGUCCCGCAGGCCCCGCUCCUAGCCAUGCAGCCCUGCUGUAUUGGCUCACCUCCGUGGAAAGUUCUAGAAUGCCUGGGUUUUUAAUCUGUCCAUAGUCUUUGAUUGCUUUUAACCUAGCCUCCUGGGCUGAGCUUGCAGCGUUGUUUUUAGCGAAUAAACGUUUUACUGUUUAGUCUUUUUAAAGCA